AUGGCGUUCAGUGAAGUGGAUGGAUAUCAAGCAGUACAAUACUGUUUUCCUCUCCACAACUCGUCUUGCGUUAAGGAGGAGCGAUCCAUAGCAGAAAAUAUACUCAUGCACCUUUUUUUUUUCUCUGUGUCAUCAUUCACAGUGUUUGUGAAUCUGCUGGUGAUCAUCUCCAUCUCUCACUUCAAGCAGCUCCACACUCCAACGAACCUGCUCAUCCUCUCUCUGGCUGUGUCAGAUCUCCUGGUUGGGAUUGUUGUGAUUCCAGUGGAGGGCAUCAAAGUCAUCGAGUCAUGCUGGUAUCUUGGUGAAACAAUGUGUUCAGUUUUUCAUGGGAUUGUUUUCUCUGUCAUUUUUGCAUCUCUAUACAAUUUAGUCAUCAUAGCUGUUGACAGAUAUGUUGCUGUUUGUGAUCCUUUACUCUACAUUUCAAAAAUAACUAUUGGAAAAACAGUGACUUCUAUAUUCCUAACCUGGAUAUUUUCUUUUAUAUAUAAUCUUGUUAUUCUAUACUGUAAUGGUCAAUGGUAUCGUUCUCAGGCACACAAGAACUGCCAUGGAGAAUGUGUGUUGAUUAUCAGUUUUACAUGGGGAAUUAUUGACCUUUUUGUCUCCUUUGUUGCACCUUGUUCUGUUAUUAUAUGCUUAUACAUGAACAUUUUCAAAGUGGCAAGAAUUCAAGUAAAAGUGAUGAAUAUCACAACCAGGAUCAAGAUGUCAGAGAGUAAGGCAACCAAAACACUGGGGGUUGUGUUAUCGGUGUUCCUCGUCGGUUGGAUCACAUAUUACGUUGGUUCACUUUCUGAGGACUACCUGGCACAUUCAGAUGUCAUCAUAGCAUUUCUCUCCUGGGUUGUGUACAUUAAUUCAUUCCUUAACCCUCUGAUCUAUGCAUUGUUUUACCCAUGGUUCAAAACAGCAGUAAGACACAUCUUAACCUUACAUAUCCUGGCACCCUCAUCCUCCUUAAUAAAUCUCUUUCCAGAAAAUUGUUAG